GGCAAAGUUGGGCUCCGCGCGAGCCCAGUCCGCGCCGCCCCGCGCCCGCUCCACUCGCCGCGGGCUCGCUGGGCGUGGGGAGGGCGGCGAGCACGCAAGCCGAGCGACUGACGUGGGACGAGCUGCCAGGUAGCGGAAGCAGCCAGCCGCCAGCGGAGACACUUCACGGCGUGGCAGCCCGGGUCUGCGCCUGAAGCCUCCGGAUCGCAGCCAGCUCGGUCCAACCCUCGCCAGUCGCAAUCCCCUGUGCCCAAGCCACUCUUUGCUGCGAGCGGCAGCAUGCACGCAGUAUCGCGCCCCGGGCUCUGAGAGCAGCCCGCGGACACGCUUGCUUGCCUGUCUUUUUAGGUUUUGGGGCUCUGGGCUACACGGAUGUGCCCCACUCCCUUGGCAUGAUGGGGAUCUUUUUGGCGUCUGUUGGAUUUAUGUUCUUUUCCGUGUUAUAUGUACAACAAGGGCUUUCUUCUCAAGCAAAAUUUACGGAGUUUCCGCGAAACGUGACUGCUACCGAAGGGCAAAAUGUGGAGAUGUCUUGCGCUUUCCAAAGCGGCUCUGCUUCAGUGUACCUGGAGAUCCAGUGGUGGUUCCUUCGGGGACCAGAGGACCUGGAGCAAGGGACCGAGGCUGCAGGCUCGCAGGUGGAGCUCUUACCCGACAGAGACCCGGACAACGAUGGGACCAAGAUUAGUACAGUGAAAGUCCAAGGCAAUGAUAUCUCCCACAAGCUUCAGAUAUCCAAAGUGAGAAAAAAGGAUGAAGGUUUAUAUGAGUGCAGGGUGACUGACGCUAACUACGGGGAGCUUCAGGAACACAAGGCCCAGGCCUACCUGAAAGUCAAUGCCAACAGUCAUGCUCGGAGGAUGCAGGCUUUUGAAGCCUCGCCUAUGUGGCUACAAGACACGAAGCCUCGAAAGAACGCAUCAUCGGUGGUUCCCAGCAGCAUUCACAGCUCUGCCAACCAACGAAUGCACUCCACCUCCAGCCCUCAAGCGGUAGCCAAAAUCCCCAAGCAAAGUCCACAAUCAGUGCAUGCCAAGACAUUCAUGAGCACCAGAGCCAAGCUGGCGAGCUAAUUAAAUAUAUAUAUGUGUAUGUUUAAAACAGCCUAAUAAGGAGCAUUGGAAAUCUUCAAGAUGAGCGAAUAUCUUAUAACUUCUUCCGCAGGUGCGAGGAUAGCUACAAGCCAUGGACUUUCUGUCCUGCUUCUUGUUUGUGGCUUUGUGAAGGGUGCUUUGCUUUAAUCUAAAGUGCUGACUUUUUUCCAAUAUCACUUUCUCUUCUUAAAGCAAAGAGCAAAUCGCCUGUAAAAUCUACGGAGCGGACAGCAAAGUUGACCCUAAACUCCAAGCACCAUUCUGCACCCCUGUACUCUAGUUAUCUACACAAGGAGCAUCAGGUUCCGGAAGCAUAAGUGAAGACAUUAUCACACGCUUUAUUGAUAAUAUUUUCUUUUGGAAAAGUUGCUGGUCUUUUAUUUCAAGAGAAUUAUUGUGAAGUGAUAGGACAUUUUCUAAUUACAAGAUCGAUUUUUUUUCUUUUAUUUCAACAAAUCCUGCAUUUCACUGAAUGCUCAGGAGUUGGCCUGAAUGACAUCAGUAUACUAAAUAUUUCCAUGGAUUCCACCAAAUUCCUACCAAAGGACACCUAAUCUGCAAGAAGCCAACAAAGAUGGAAAAUCUAAGAAACACAAAAUGUCUUCAAACAGCACCCCAGCUGGGGGAAAAAACAAAAACAAAAUGCUGAAAGUGGCAACCCAACAACAGACAACUUUAUUUUACAUAUGGAAUAAUCAAAGAAAGUUUUUUCACUUCCUUUUUGCCCCAUGGAAUUUAUCUUGGAGUUUCCUGUCUUUUCCUUGAUGGCCGUUUUUGUUCAAUGGUAGAGAGUGCCAAUUAUGGCCAAUCCUUGUCAAUCCUGGGAGGUUUAUAUUCUUACAUAUUGAGUGUGGUAUAUUUCAAUGUAUUUUAAUUCAUUUGGCAAUUUCUGUAUAGGCAAACGUGGCAAAUUCUGUAAAUUGCUUAUAGUAUGUGUGAUAUGACUUCAAGGUAGAUAGGCUAUGAUGCUCAUGCAAGCUGACUUUCUUCAUUCUAUAUACAAAUAUAUACAUGAGCAUAUAUUAGGCCACCAACUUCUUUUCCUAAAGCAUUAUUUUUCAUUUUGUACCUCAUGUAUUGUGUGAAUUUUGUAGUGUAUUUCUCUGUUCCACUGGUUUCACUGCUACAGUUUGUCUCUGUUGUCCUCUGCUUCCUUCUGGAAAUAUUUAAAAUUCUGUAUGUCUCUGAUAAAUGAAUUAAUUUUGUUGUGUGUAUGCUAUGUUGGAAUUUGCUGUGUUCUUUUAUACAUGUAUUUAUUAAGGUUUGGAGAUCUUAAGUUGAAUGUGAAGAAUGCAUACCUGGAUUUUGACAGAUUUCCUCCUUUUAUCAAUAUUCUAUCUUGGAGAAAGAAAGAGGCAAAGUGGGAAAACUAAGAAGACAUUUUGACUCCCCAAGAUCCUGGAAGAGCACGUCACACUCUGACUAAAUAAUGCUGCUUCCUUUGUUCUUCAAGACUUCUUUUGUAGCUUUGUCUUUCUGUUAUUUGCUGCUAAUUAUAUUUUAAUGUCUACUAAUUAAAAAUUAAAAUGUGAUUGUUGGCUGAAUAUAAUAUGCAAAUGACUACAAAGCCCGUACUGAAGAAGAUAGGUGUUUAAUCUUCACUCAAUAAUUAUAAUUUUAAAUAAUCUAUCAUUAUUUUUGACUUUAUGAUAUUUUGUUUAGACUUGUUCCAAUUACAUCUUUCUCUGGCAAAGAAAGAUAGAACAAUCAAUGCAUUCCCUUUUAUAGUAUGAAAGGGUUGCGGCUUAAGAAAGAAUACACCAGAUGGUCUUCCAGAGAGAUUAUUUUAUUUUCAUUAUAAAAACAGAAACCAUAUAUGUAGGGAUGGAUGGUCCACUCCCAAUGUAAGGCCCUAAAUUGUAGCAAGGGAUACAUUUGUUUUUUAUGGUAAAGGACUGGACUCUGACAUGCACUUAUAAGCAAUGUGAAUAUUUUCAUAACAUGCUUAACAUUCUCCUUUAGGAAAUAUUGUUUUAUGUUAAAUCUUUCCUUGCCAUUAUUCUUCUUUCAUUUGAUUCAUUAUUUCAUUCUAAUGAAGAAAAUAAAGGUUUAAUUAUGAUACUUUAUUAACAUACAAAUGUACUUUCUUUCUAAGUUAAAUAUCUAAAAGUUGUAUAAAAUGAUGGUAGAUAAAUAUUAUUCAUUCAGUCUCUUUAAGCUUUAAGAAUCCCAUACACUGCAGUAUAUAUUAGAAUACUGAUUUAAAGUCAAACAAACUGGGAAAAAACAUCUUGUAUUAUACUUUUACUCAAUGUCCAGGUAAUGAUAUCAGCUAAUUUUACAGCAAGCCAAACAUGUACCCGUAUCAGUAAUGUUCACCAUGCUUGUAAUAAAAGGGGAUAUGCUAGUUUGGGAAGAAUGCUCAUUAGAUUCAUUGUAUCGGUGUCCAAAAUAAUAAAGACCUGUUUAUCACUGUGUGACCAAAGUCCACCCCACCGUUCACUUUGUAAAAAGAAUAUCACAAACCAUCUGUUUGCUCCAAACUCUAAAAGAGUAUGGACCUUUAAAUAUUAGAGCAGAAAAUACAGAUCAAUGAGAUAUUCUAAACACUUGUAUACUAUAUUAUAUUCCUUUGGGAAUAUAACUUUUUAUGUAGCUAUGACAAAGGAAGUAGAUAGAAAUGCAAAAGAAAAGUAUCUGGCUUUCUCAACUUUGUUUCCAAGUUUGUAUAGUAUUUUUUAUAUGAGAGACAUAGAAAAAGCUGAAAUUGCUUACUUUGUUUCUUAAAGAAUUAUAGACAGUCUAAAAAGCAAAGAAAGCAAAUAAAAAUAGUCCUGAACAAAGUAAGAUGAUGUAAUUCUUGAAAAUAGAAGCUGUAAUCUGUGUCUGUGUUAGUAAGUAGGCUUCAUGGAGUCUAGAAAUCAGUUCUAUUUGCAGUCAGCCCUCCAUGAUCUUAAACAGCACAAUGUAGCAACUAUCCAUGUGGUGUUUGUGCUAUAUUAUAUCCCUGGAAAUGAUUUAAAGUAUAGGAGGCUGUGUAUAUAAUGUUAUAAUAUUAUUACAUUUUAUCUAAGAGACUUGAAUACCCACACAAUUUGAUAGCCAGUGACUGGCUUAUACAGCAAUCUAUCUACAGAUGGCUAGGGCAAGAGCUACCUAUACAUGUAUAUUCCAAUAUUCAUUUUAUAGAGAUGAUCCUCAGCAUGCAUUAAUUAUGAGAAGUAAUUUAAUCAUGGUGUUCUCCCUUGAUAAAGAAAUAUAUAAAUGAUUUUCAGAACC